CGCGGCCGCGCCUGGAGCGGCGGGCCGCGCGCGGCCACUCCACCCCCGCCCCCUCGCCGUCUCCACGCCACCGCGGGGAGCGCGGCGCCCACCCGCGCGCGGUGCGCGCCCUCCCCCACGUGUCCCCCUGCCACCCGGGGGCCCCGCCUGUCACCCACCGUCCCCGGGGGUGGGCAGCCGAAAGCGACGCGUGAAGCGCUCUGCCUUGCCUGCCGCCUGCCUGCUGCCCUCAGCGCUCGCCCCUCGUCACGCGCCCCCUCCACAACCCCCGAUGCGAUGGGUGCCCCUGCCCCUCGAUAGCCGCGCCGCUCUCCUGCCCCCGUUCCCCAUUUGCCUCCUCGCCCGCCUCCCUGACCUAGCGCCGCCGCCCCCCUCCCUAUUCACCCCAGCGCCGCCGCCGCCGCAUCGUAGGCCUCGCCGCCGCCUCGGCUCCGCCCUGCGGCCUCCGGAGGUGGUGCCGGCGCGCGAUCCGCCGCGGCGUCCGUUGGUCCGGCUUCGAUUCGUCGGCGCGGGGAGUAUGCCUCUGAUGCAAGUGCGCUGAAGAUGAAGGAGAGGAGCUCUUUAUGUGAUAGUGCAGCAGAUGGAAACUGGGGUUUGAAAUACAAAAGGAAAAGAAGCAAGUUAACAGUUAGUCCAUCUAACGAAAAUGAGGCUACCUCACCAACCUCAGACUCUCCAAGGGGCUAUGGUUCCACCAAAAAGAAGCUGAAGCAUGACACUAACAUUUCUCCAUCUUCCAAGAAGAUAAGAGGGAAUGAUGGGUAUUUCUAUGAGUGUGUAGUAUGUGAUCUUGGUGGCAAUCUGCUUUGUUGUGAUAGCUGUCCACGUGUUUACCACUUGGAAUGCCUCAAUCCUCCUCUUAAGCGUCCACCCCCUGGGAAGUGGCAAUGUCCAAGAUGCCGUCCAAAAAAAGGUAGCUUGAAGCUGUUAGGUAAUGCAGAAGCUGACACUUCUAAACAUGAAAGAACUACGAGGAUGCUCACAAGCAUGACAUCAGAUAGUCCACCUUCCCACACAAAAGUCUCUUUUAAGACCCGUAGCUCCAAACAAGACAAAAUUGGAUCAAAUGAACAAGGAAAACAGUCAUCUGGUGGCACAUUGAAGGGGAGUGACCCUAGUAUAAAGAAGAACGAAGGUGAGAAAAAGAAGACACUGAUAUUACAUUUGAAGAAGCGCUCAACCAAGGAAUUGUCAGAGAAUGUUAAACCCACAAAGUCAGAAUUUGUUGGAGAACCUUCAGAAGAGAAAGUUGUGAAACAUGGAAGUUUUUUGAAACUGAAGAAUUAUCCACCACGUACGGAUUCAUCUCCAAACAAAUCUAAAAGCAGGAGGCAAAAUAGCCAGAGAGACGGUAAAAUAUCUGGUACAAAAAAGCUUAAAUAUUCAACGUCUGAUGAUGACAGCAUUUCCUCGACAGAACCAUCGACAUCUCUUGAUAACAGUGAAUCACCACCAAAAAGAAAAUCCUCAGAUGGAAAGACACCUUCAUCUAGUACCAAGAAAGGGAAAAAGAAGGUGAAAUUUGUUGAUAAAAAGCAUCCUGAGGAGCAGGGCGUGGUAGGAGGCAAAAUAACAACUCCUCAGGAGGAUCAACAGGUUGAUCGCAUCCUGGGCUGUCGGCUUCAGAUGGAUGAUGUGGCUCCUUGUACUUUCGGUGGACCAGAAAGUAGCCAUGACAUUUCUAAUAGAUCUCAUGAUGGAACCCAGUCUUCUAGCAAUGGUACAGCGGAGGAUGUAUGUGCUGAUGAAUCGGCAAAUCAUGAUGAUGAAGAUCAUUUGCACAAUUUAGAAAAGCAAAAGGAAAGAAACAGUAAAUCCUGUGAAAAUAAGGAGCCACUAAAGCAAGAACAAGUCACGCAGACAGUAUCAGGACAUUCAGGUGAUCAAACCAGUAUAAUAAGAGAUGACCAAGUGGUCAGAGAAAAUGUUUCAGCUUCAAUAAAUGGUGAAGAUGAGACAACAUCUGAUUUACCAGAAGAAAAGGAUGAUACCAAACUUCCAGUUUCGGGAGCUGAUACAAUGGUCCAGACCAAGAAAGAACAUACAGCUGAAAGUAAGUUGCAUGGAAAAAUAGAAGAAAUAUCUGGAAAGGACUACAGUGAUGUUGGAUAUGAGUUCUUGAUCAAAUGGGUUGGAAAAUCAAAUAUCCACAACAGCUGGGUUUCUGAAUCUGAGGUAAAAGUAUUAGCAAAAAGGAAACUAGAAAAUUACAAAACAAAGUAUGGAACGAGUCUGAUAAACAUUUGUAAGGAACAAUGGUGCCAGCCACAACGAGUUAUUGCUCUUCGUACUUCCUUAGAUGAUGUAGAAGAGGCUUUAAUCAAAUGGUGUGGUCUUCCUUAUGAUGAUUGCACUUGGGAAAGAUUAGAUGAACCUACCGUGAUGAAAUAUAGCCAUUUGGUCGUCCAGUUCAAAAAUUUUGAGUGCCAGGCUUUGGAUAAAGAUGUGGCAGAUAAUAAUGCAAAUGCAAGGAACCAACUGGAUCUCAAUGUGUUGGUUGAUCAGCCAAAAGAACUUCAAGGAGGCAUGCUCUUCCCUCAUCAACUGGAAGCAUUGAACUGGCUGCGAAAAUGCUGGUACAAGUCAAAAAAUGUUAUUCUUGCUGAUGAGAUGGGUCUUGGAAAGACAGUGUCAGCUUGUGCUUUUCUAUCAUCCCUGUGCUGUGAAUUUAAGGUUAAUUUGCCAUGUCUUGUCUUGGUUCCUCUUUCUACAAUGCCCAAUUGGAUGGCUGAAUUUGCAUCUUGGGCUCCUCAUUUGAAUGUUGUGGAGUAUCAUGGUUCUGCACGGUCAAGAUCCAUCAUUCGCCAAUAUGAGUGGCAUGCGGGUGAUGCAAGUCAGAUAGGUAAAUCCAAGAGGUCAUACAAGUUCAAUGUUUUGCUCACCACUUACGAAAUGGUGCUUGUUGACGCUGCAUAUCUGCGAUCUGUCUCAUGGGAAGUUCUUAUUGUUGAUGAGGGACAUCGUCUAAAGAAUUCUAGCAGCAAACUCUUUAGUUUACUCAAUUCAUUUUCGUUUCAGCACAGGGUUUUGUUGACUGGAACUCCCUUACAGAACAACAUUGGUGAAAUGUAUAACCUAUUGAACUUCUUACAACCUACUUCUUUUCCUUCUCUUUCAUCAUUUGAGGAGAAGUUUAAUGACCUUACAACAGCAGAAAAAGUAGAGGAGCUGAAGAAACUUGUAGCUCCUCAUAUGCUUCGGAGGUUGAAAAAAGAUGCAAUGCAAAAUAUCCCUCCAAAGACGGAGCGAAUGGUGCCUGUUGAAUUGACAUCAAUCCAGGCUGAAUACUACCGUGCUAUGCUUACAAAGAACUAUCAAGUAUUGCGCAACAUUGGAAAAGGUGGUGCCCAUCAGUCUUUGCUGAACAUAGUAAUGCAGCUUAGGAAAGUCUGCAACCAUCCAUAUCUUAUUCCUGGAACUGAACCGGAAUCUGGUACACCAGAGUUUCUGCAUGAAAUGCGCAUAAAGGCCUCAGCAAAGCUAACUUUAUUGCACUCUAUGCUUAAAAUAUUACACAAGGAUGGUCAUCGUGUCCUUAUUUUUUCUCAGAUGACAAAACUUCUUGACAUCCUUGAAGAUUAUCUAACUUUAGAGUUCGGUCCUAAAACAUUCGAAAGAGUUGAUGGUUCGGUGUCUGUGGCAGAGCGCCAGGCAGCUAUUGCUCGUUUUAAUCAGGAUAAGACACGUUUUGUUUUCUUGCUUUCUACACGGUCAUGUGGACUUGGCAUUAAUUUGGCCACUGCAGAUACAGUUAUCAUAUAUGAUUCAGAUUUCAAUCCACAUGCUGAUAUACAGGCAAUGAAUAGGGCACACAGAAUUGGACAAUCAAACAGACUUCUGGUUUACAGGCUUGUAGUACGUGCUAGUGUUGAAGAGCGUAUCUUGCAACUUGCCAAGAAGAAAUUGAUGCUUGAUCAACUUUUCGUCAACAAAUCAGAAUCACAGAAAGAAGUGGAAGAUAUCAUUCGCUGGGGAACAGAGGAACUCUUCAGAAAUAGUGACAAUGCAGAUGGUAAAGAUAACAAUGAAGUUUCAGGUCCUGUAGCAGAUGUUGAAUUUAAGCAUAGAAGAAGAACUGGUGGCCUAGGCGAUGUUUAUGAGGACAAAUGUAUUGAUGGCUCUGCCAAGCUUGUUUGGGAUGAAAAUGCUAUCAUGAAGCUUCUUGAUAGAUCAAACCUUCCGUCAACAGUUGCUGAAAGUACUGAUGGGGACUUGGACAAUGAUAUGCUUGGUACUGUGAAGUCAAUAGAUUGGAAUGAUGAGCUGAAUGAUGACCCUGGAACCAAUGAGGAUAUUCCAAAUAUCGAUAAUGAUGGGUGCGAGCAGGCAUCUGAAUCAAAGCAAGGUGCUGCUACUCGUGCAGAAGAAAACGAAUGGGAUAAACUUUUACGUGUCAGAUGGGAGCAAUAUCAAAUUGAGGAGGAGGCAUCUCUUGGUCGAGGCAAACGUUUAAGGAAGGCUGUUUCUUACAGGGAAACGUUUGCAGCACUUCCUAAUGAAGCUUUAAGUGAGGACUCUGAUGAGGGAGAUGAACCAAAGAGAGAAUAUACUGCAGCUGGACUGGCCUUAAAGGAAAAAUAUGGAAGGCUCCGAGCUAGACAAAAGGAAAGGAUUGCUCAGCGGCACAUAAUCAAGAACUAUGCUGAUGAUAAACUUGAUGAGUUUAUGACACCAUAUGACUCCAUUGCUAAUGAACAUGCGGAAAAUCCUUUGAUAAUAGUAGAAGACCCAAAUUCUUCACAGCUAUCUGGGGCUAAACGUUUCAGUGAAUCAACUGCAGAAAUGAGGCAAUCCUCAAAGAAAUCAAAGAGAUAUGCUGAAGUCCCUCAAGAUCUUUAUGCCAGAAUUCCUGGUAACGCUGCUUCAUCCAAACACAACUCAAAGGGCGCAGAUGUCUUCAACCCAGGGGCCCCAAAUCACUUGCUACCUGUACUUGGUCUUUGUGCUCCAAAUGCUGAUCAGGUGAACUCAUACAAAAACUCACUUAGUGGGCCGAGCAUGAAAGAGCAUAAAAAGGCUAGUGGUGACGUAGCCAACAAACCGCUGUCAACUGCUGCUGACCAUUCUAGUGAGCAUAGAAAUGAAGCUCAAUCAGUUUCUGAUAAGGCCAUCUUUCCUGGUGCAUCUGAGGAGGCUUUGAGAAGGCUAAAUAACAUCAUUCCAGAUAGUUAUUUUCCCUUCACUCAUAUUCCUCCUAUAUCAGGGAAGGGGGUUGAUCCUGUUGAAAAUUCUGGACCUUCUGUUGCUUCAUUUCAAGGGAAGCUGGGUCUUCCGAACUUUGGUCUCGAUGACAACAUUCCACUUAAGCAUAUGAAGUCUAUACCUGAUAUGCUUCCCAACCUGUCACUGAGUGCUCAGAAGGAUUAUAUUCGUAAUUCUGUCCCAGAGUUACCAGACAGUUCAUUGUUACCAAACUUCAUGGCAGAUAUUGCUGGUACUUCGAAGCAAAAGUCAUUUAUGUCUGGCUUGCUUCCAGGGCUGGGUCUAAGCCCAGCGCAACCAAUCCAUUCAGCCAUGCCUGAUAAUCACAAGAAGGUAUUGGACAAUAUAAUGAUGCGUGCUCAAUAUGCCUCAAACAAAUUCUUGAAGAAGAGAUCAAAACUAGAUUAUUGGUCAGAAGAUGAACUUGACGCUCUGUGGAUAGGAGUUCGUAGGCAUGGAAGGGGAAAUUGGGAUGGCAUGCUUAGAGAUCCAAAGCUGAAGUUUCUGAACAACCGAACUAGUGAAGAACUGGCCUUAAGAUGGAUUUUGGAGGAGCAGAAAAUUAUAGAGGAACCAAUGUCAACAGCCACUAGACGUCCCAGCUCUACACCAUUUCCUGGAAUAUCGGAUGCAAUGAUGUCCCGGGCACUGAAUGAAAGUAACUUCUCCAAACUGAGGAUGGAGCAACCUAAGUUACAGUCCCACUUAACUGAUAUUCAACUAGGGUCCAGUGAUAUCCUGUCCAGACUUCCUCAUGUUGAAGCUGCUAAUUACAUGAACUCAGGUGAGGGUGGCCCAUCUCCGAUACCAUGGCAGGAUUUCAAGCAUAGAUCAGGUUAUGGUGGAGAUUUUCCUGGCAGUGCAUUUGACAAGUUGGAGAAGCCUGAUAUUGGGUUGAUCCCACCAUUUAUGCCAAAUCCUUUUAUGAAUGAUAGCAUUGGUCCGCUGCCCAUAAACAGAAAAAACAAUAGUACCAUUCUGCCAAACGAAAUCGGACCAAGUUCUCAUGAGAGCAUUCUCCUUCAUGGUGUUUCAGAUGGGCAGAUCAACUUACUUCAUGAGAUGCAGCGUCGUGUGAGGUUAGGCAAACAGCCCAUGGAGAUGAAUCUCAACCGCACAGACCACUCAAAUCCUCAGCUUGAUAAUAUUAGCGACAUUGGAGGUUUGAAAUCAAACAAGUUACCUCAUUGGCUUCAGGAUGCUGUACGUGCUCCUUCAUCGAAGCCACCUGAACGUGAGCUACCUGCAACUGUUUCAGCAAUUGCUCAAUCUGCUUGCCUUCUUCUUGGAGAACAAGAACCAACAAUACCUCCAUUCCUGAUGCCGGGAACACCUCUUUCUCGCCCAAAGGACCCUAGGAUUAAUUCAAAGAAGAGGAAACUCCGCAAGGUUCAGCAAUUGUCCUCCAAUGUAGAGCAUUCUAAAACUGGAUCUGGCCAAGGUGGUCGUGAUGCAACUCCCACACCCCCAUCCAUUGAAGCUUCGCCUGCCCCUCCUACUGUUGAUUGCAAUGAUGGUGCCCCAUCGCUCAACUUGAACUCUCUGUCAUCAUCUUCCGCUAGCAGUCAGGGGAAAGAUGAGGCACCUCCCACAUUUGAAGAAUCACAACCAAACGUGGAAGGUUCAGAAGCCAUUGAGGCCACCUGUACAUCGAAGUCAGAGGCUCCUGAAAUUAGUUGUCAGACAACUGGAUUCUCUCUGGUAGAUGACAAGGUUAGCCAAUCUCAUGGAUCACGAAUAAAAGAUAUUCCUGACACCGCAGCCAGAAUGCCUGAAUCAGAUAAUUCAGCUCCACUGGGUCCUGAAUUGCAAGUUGUGGGUGACACUCCUGGUACGAGCAGCAGCAGAGCAGCUGACAUGCCUGUACCAUCUGAUAACAAUGACUUGACACAGAACAAUCCACUUGGCAAUGCUGGGAGCACCAUGAACCUAGAGGAGGUGAUGGAGAAACCGGCUCCUCUUGUGGAGACCAGGGACUCGGAUGCAUCACAUCCUGUUUCGGCUGAAACAGUCGAUGAAGACAGAGUGGACGAAAUCGCCUCAGAUGAGCAUUAGGCUCGUGCCAUUAGUGUGAUUUUCGUUUCUCUUACGUUCAACAGAACGCUGGGAUUUUCCCUCUCCCAAUGUUUCCAGUGUGGAUGAUCUCGUGUUGUGUAAUGCUGUAGUGCAGAGUGCAGAUAGAGCAAAAAUCCAACGACUAGUCGUUAGCAGUAGUAGUUGGGCGCUGGUCCGGCCGGAGCAACUCUGGGAAAUCUGUAUACAAGAAAUGUAUAUUUUUGCUAACAUGGUGUUGGGUGUGUGUAGACUGUAGACCGCUAUUCAUUUAUUUAUGCGUAUAUGGUUUAGUAAA